AUGUCCAUGCCUGAAGCUUCAACUCGCCAGCCCGAGAAGCAUGCCGAUGAGAGAUUCCAUGCAGCACCUGGAACUGAGAUUCUCUUUGACAACAGCGAUCAUGGAAGUAUCUCCGACAGACUUCACCAGCUGAAGCAUCGCCCGCACGGAGAUGGGCACAUGCUUCUUGUUCCACAGCCUUCCAUCAAUGAUCCGAAUGAUCCUCUAAGCUGGUCAACUAUGAAAAAGAGUCUGACUUUGUUUAAUGGCUGCUGGUUUGCAUUCAUGGGUGCGAUUACUGGACCUAUUAUGGCUGCAGGCAUGACUCAACUCUCUGUUACCUUCGGAAAGAGCCUGCAGGAGUUAACGUACGCGAACGGUGCCUGUCUGAUUAACCAAGGCGUUUGGAACCUGGUCUGGAUGCCUUUCGCCGUGAAAUAUGGCCGCAGGCCGGUUUAUCUGUUCUCCAACCUUCUCAUGGCUAUCGCUUGUAUCUGGCUGGCCGUCGCAUCCGACAAGACCUACACGGUAUUCUUGGUCGGGCGUGCUUUCCUAGGGGCGUUCCAAGCCCCUAUUGAGUCGAUUGUUCCAUCCACGGUCACUGACAUGUUUUUCUUGCAUAACCGGGGCGAGCUAGUGGCCAUCUAUGGACUGGCUGUGCUGGGCGGCAAUGAGCUAGGACCCAUGUUCUCGGGAUUCAUUGUGCAGGCACUCGGGAUGGGCUGGGCAUUCUGGAUCGUGACCAUGUUCAUUGGUGCUAACAUCAUCUGCAUGUUUUUCUGGAUGCCCGAAACCAAAUUUACAGGACCUCGCCCUGACCCGUUCCAAUCAAUCCGAGCAGGGGAAGAGUCUGACUCGAAAGAACAAGUUUUGGUUCAAGAAUCAAGCCCUGUUCGCAAAAGAACUUUCGUGGAAGAGCUUAAGUUCUGGAGCAGCGGAGACCCGAAUGUCAAUCUUCUUCAUGUCUUUCUUCGUCCAUUUGUUCUAUUGGCAUACCCCACUGUUCUCUGGUCAUGCUUUAUUUACGGAAUGGCUCUGAGCUGGAAUGUCAUCCUCGGUGCCUCGGUGGCACAGCUAUUUGCACCACCUCCGUAUGGAUUUAAUUCCAACGGACAGGGUCUUUUCUUCUUAUCUCCGUUCAUUGGAUCUCUUUUUGGUGUCUUUUUCUCUGGGCCGGGAGGUGAUUGGAUAGCCACCUUCUUCACCAAACGCAACAAUGGAAUCCGCGAACCGGAAAUGCGACUACCCACUUGUCUGCUGGCGGCAUUUUUUACUUUCUUCGGAGCACUUUGGUUCGGACUUUCAUAUGAGCACCAAAUGCAUUGGGCUAUGCCCAUUGUGGGGGCAGGCAUACUUUCGGUGGGAAGUCAAAUGGGAACGACCCUUGGAAUGAACUACGCCCUGGAUUGUCACAAAGAGGUAUGGAAAUUCGUUUGUCUUGAAGAACGCAGGCUAAUAUUUUCCUUCGAUUUACAGCUUUCUGUGGAGAUUAUGGUGACGAUUGCCGCCUUGAAGAGCUGCAUAGCGUGGAUCUGGACUUGGGUCAUCAAUGACUUCAUUACUGCCAGCGGAGUGCUCAGUGUCUUUAUGACUGUGGCAGCAAUCAAUGUGGCCGUUUACUUGGUCUAUAUCCCUUUCUAUCUCAAGGGCAAGGAGAUUCGGGUUUGGUUGCACCGAAAGGAUUUGCUUCGGGCUGCUGGUCUUCUCUAG